AUGUCACUUCUACAUAUUGCUCAAAACUUUACUGUAUAUGGUGGUUUAGUUUUACUUGUUGCAGGUGUUGUGGGAAAUACUAUAAGUAUUUAUAUAUUUUCAAGUGUUGGUACUUAUCGUACAGCUCCAUGUGGAUUCUAUUUUAUGGUUGAAUCAAUAUUUAACAUUCUUUACAUAUUAAUUAAUUUGACUAGCCGUAUUGUUAGUGUAGGUUUUGCAUAUGACUUAACUGCAACUUCAGUAGUAUGGUGCAAAACACGAAAUUUCUUUGUAGCUACUCUUGGUCUAGUUACUUUUACUUGUUCAUGUUUAGCUACAAUUGAUCAAUUUUUUGCUACAUCAAGAAGUGUUUCUUUACGUCAAUGUAGCAAUUUGAAAUGGGCACAUCGAAUAGUUUUAAUUGCUAUAAUUGUUUGGUGUUUACAUGGUAUUCCAAUUCUUAUGUACUAUGAUAUUAUACCAACUUUAAAAAGUUGUGGAUCUACUAGUAAAGCAUUAACAACCUAUAUUCCAAUAUUUGUUUGUGUUCUUCUUUGUGGUAUUCCAAUCUCAUUCAUGAUCAUAUUUGGAUUUUUAACUUAUAGAAAUAUUCAACACAUAAGAGCUCUUGCUGAACAACGUGCUGAUCGUCAAUUUACGCAAAUGUGUUUGAUUAAAGUAGUUCUUAUUAUUAUUACAAACACUCCAUUUGGUUCUUAUACUGCUUAUGGUUUAAUUACAAGUGGUAUGACUAAAGAUCUCAAUAGACAAAUGCAAGAAUAUUUAGCUGCAUCAAUUCUCAGUGUAUUAAAUUAUACCUAUUAUGUUGGAAGUUUCUACAUGUUCUUGAUUUCAUCGAAACGUUUUCGUCAGACAGUGAAAACUCGUAUAUUUUGUUGGCAUGGAUUAAAUCAAAUAAAUCCAUCCGCGACCUUCACAUGA